AUGGGUGCUACACCACUUCCGGCUCCGCCCGUCCCUGCAAUUGCAGCCCCGGAGCCUACCAAUCCGCUUCUAACCCUGUUCGCCAGUUUCUCGACUUCUGUGACAGAGAUGGCAGAGAUGUCGGUAGAAAGGGCUAUUGCAAAAAAGGCGUACGAGCAGAAGAGCGCAGCAUAUGAUUGGGCUGCGAAGAAGCAUGAAGGCCAAUCGUCGGUUCCGGGGCACGAACUUGUUGCUAAAGCUGAGGCUGAGAAGAAGUUCAAUGAACUCAACAGCCAACUGUCUAAGAAGAGAGCUUCUAAUGAGACGCUGGUGAAAGCCCUCGCUACGGCAGUCGCCGAUUCCACUAAAGAGAGAUUAGAGAUGGAAGUAGCUGUUUUGGGAUCGAAGCUCCGCGAGCAGGAGCAGGAGCUGAAACGACUGGCGGAUCAAGGAAGCCAUUUAAUGCAAGUUGUUGACCAAGCAGGGCCUAUGGUGGAGGACAUCAGCCACCUGAAGAAGGAGCUCGAUACGGUCGUGAAGUCACUCAAGAAACGUUUAGACGACGAGAGGACGGCCAUAUUGAAGCGAUAUGACGCACACUCUGAGACCCUCUUAGCACAGUCCAAGAGCAUCCAAGGUCUAGAACGGAGCAACGAUCGCCGGAAGGACGACAUCGAGGCUCUCGAACGCGAUGUCACAGGUCUCAGCAAAGAGGUCAGGAAUCUGGACCAAGACGUUGACAGCUUGAGUAGCAAGGUCAGAAAGCAAGAGGCCCGUGCGGAAGCCAUGGAACAGCGGUCCUCCAAUCUCGGCAAAGCAUUGGAUGCCUGUUCUAAUGUUGUUCAAUCGCUCAAGGGGACAUCGGCAGCUGCCAAGAUCGAGAGAGCCACCCUCAAAGACAGAUUUAACACCCUGGAGUCUGACCUCAAGAAAGUAGUCAACGACUUUCAACCGUUCAUUUCGGAGUUUGGAGAGGGUCGCGCCGCUGCCGAUGACGAAGCCGCUCAAAGGAUGUCUCAGCUAGAAGCAUUGAUCGCAGAGCUAAACGCGCGUGUCGCUGCUUUGGAUUGUGCGAAGGACCCGGCAAACGAUACUCCCUCAGAUCAGCAGUUCAAUCCAAGUCAGCCCACCACUGACGUCCAAGAGCUCAAGGACGAACUUGCGAGCAUCAGAACGGACAUCGUAGGGAUCAGGCAAGAAUUUGCGGUACUUCAAGCGGAACAAGAGGAGAAGGAUGGGCUUGUUAGCGCGCAGUUCGAUUCGCUAGAGACGAGCCUCCAGCAUCACCAACAGAGUCUCACUGAGUCUCACCAAGCUUUCGAGAGUACUCUUUCGACCCUUGACAGCCGAGUGACGACUAUGGACCAGACACUCCAGGAUGCGCGAGGAGGCUUGCAAGACUCAAUCUCCAAGCUCGAAGGAACAGUGACCGGUCUACAGCAACGUCCCGUCCAGCCGAUGUCCCCAGGUUUGCAGCAAAGUGAUCAUCGACUCAUGUACCAGCACCCGCCUCAUGUACCCGCUCAGCAACUACUAGCCAGCCAAUCUCCGCAGACGAACGGUUACCACACCUCUCCAUCGCCCUCUCCGGUGCCGGCGGCCCUGCAAAAGAAUGUCCAUUCGCUCAUUCAGAAACACAAUGAACUUGACCAGAAGUUUCUAAAGCAGGAGGGUGCCGUCAAUCUUCACGCUCAGCAAAUCAGAGUCAACAUCCAUGCCAUACAGACGUUGGAAGACAGGUACAACAAUCUGACCACGGAUGAGCUUGUGAGGCAGAUGGCCAAUCAGAUGCAGUCUAUGUACCCCCUUGCCAGCAGAUUCCAGUCCGAAGUCGACAGGCUGAACAAUCUGGUGAACCAGUUGGCUGUGCAACAACACAACGACAAGUCGAACGCCAAUAGCCUGAAUACGACGUUGCAACAGAAGAUGCAGAUGGUCGAAAAGGCCAUAGGGGCAGUACAAGAGCAGGCGAAGACAUCUCUUGCGGGGGUGGAUGAAGUGAGGAGGGCGGUGGGGCAACUGGAGACGGUGGUCCAGAAGCUGAGCGAGAAGCCCGAUGAGGAGAUGGUAUCCAAGCACGACUACGACACCGACCUGACCGUCACCAACAACCAGUUAGAGUAUCUUCAGAAUUCGACGACGGAUAAAUUGGAUAUCGUCAAUCGCAGACUGUCGGAACUUGAGAGCCAGAGCAAAGAACUUGUCGGGGAUUACAAGUCUCGUCUCGAGUCCGUGGAGGGCCGUACGAAGGAGCUCUUCGAUUACCAUUCCGAGCAGGUCGAAUGGGUGGGCAAGCUCGAUGGGAUGCUGAGGCAGACUGCUUCGGAGGUGAAAUUCCACUUACCUCUCCCGGACGAUUAA